AUGAGCUGCAGCGCGUGCGGCGCGUUCUUCUACUGCGCGCGGAGAUGCCUGGAACGUCACUGGGUCGCGCAGCGCCACUCGAGCGACUGCGAACGGCACGCGAAACAGGUCGCGCGCGCGGAAGAGCUCCGACGCGCGCACGACAUGCGAUGGCUCGCGGGACCCGGACCGGGACCGGGAUGGCUAGACCUCGCCACGGUGGGCAUAGACGACGGGUUCGCGACGCGGUGCGACGUCUUGGAACGGUGCGGCGUGCACCACAGAGGACCGUUCCGAAGGGAGUGCGACUGCCACAGGCGGACGCAGUUCGGUGCGCUCCCUCGCGACGACGGUUGGUGCCGCGAGCGGCGGCGCGCCGACGGCAACGGCGACGGCGACGGUCCUCUCCCCGCGUUCGACCCCGACCGGGACGUCGCGACGUGGAAGGAGUUGUACGCCGCGCUGCGCGUCCGCGACGGCGACUGCGCGGCGAUCGUGUGGUCGACGGGGGCGACGGUGUACAGCGCGCUGUGCGCGGCGGGCGCGCGUCUGACGCGCGAAGCGGAGUCGUCGUCUGAGGCGGCGUCCGAGGCGGCGUCUGAAGCGGCGGCGGAGACGGAGACGGGCGCCGUCGUCGUGCAUCUCGUCGGCGCGGAGAAAGAGCUCGACCAGAUGGACGCGCUCGUCGACCUCCUGGAGCGACUCAUCGCGCGGGAGGUGGACGUCCCUCCCGGAGGGAAGCGGCGCGUCGCGCGGGACGUCGUCGUGCACGUCGUCGGUCCAGAGGCGCCCCCCGAGGCGGCGGCGGCGGAUGCUGACGUGGCAGGGGGUGCCGAGACGCCGAGACGCGCCGAGGAGAAGACCGGCGGCGGUGGCGGCGGGAGGGUGACGUGGGCGACGCACCGGGGGUACUACCACGACGUCGCGGCGUCGCUCCCGGCGGCGCGGGUGGCCGUCGCGCCCAACGCGGGGAUCGCCGCGUUUCGAGUGUGGCGACCCACCGCGCUCGCGUUGGCGCGCGCGGGCACGCCGUUCGUCGUCACGGACUACACCGAGGAGGCCGCGUGCUUAGCGUUCGCCGCGCUGGAGCGCGUCCACGGCGAGGCGGCGGCGGCGGCGGCGGCGGGCGGCGGCGCGACGGUUGACGUUCCGUAUCCCGCCUCCGUCGGACGAUUGACGCGUCCUCGGCUGAAUCCGUUUCGGUCGCCGGUAGAUCGUUCGAAACGACGGACGCGAGCGACCGCGUCGCCACACGCGCUCGUCGCGCCGCCCUCGCACGCCGCGACGACGACGAUGGCGUCCUCCGCCGCCGCCGCCGCGCGCGUCGUCCCCGCGACCGCGCGCGUCGCGUCGUCCGCGCGUCGCCGUCGUCGUUCGCGCGUCGUCGCGUCGUCGACGUCGUCGUCGAGAUCGUCGAUCGCCGCGCGGGUCCGUCCUCGUCCUCGCUCGCGCGCGUUCGCGCCGCGCGCGAGCGCGGACGACGACGACGACACCGUCAGCGUCUCCGACCUCGUCGAGAUGGAAGUCGCGGGCGUGAGCGUCUCCGACGCCGGGUUCGCGCUCGUCCUGACCCAGGCCGGAUGGAAAGAUCACCUCCCGCGCGCGCGAGACGAGAUCGAAUCGAUGCGAAUCGACGCCCCAGCAGACCCGGCGUCGCGCCUUCCCGCGGACGUCGCCUCGCGCCCGGUCCUCGCGCUGCUCCUCACCACCUCGGACGACGACGUCGACGGCGCGCGAAGCGAGCACGCGCAGACGACGCUGCAGCUGCUGCAGACGCCGCCGAUCGACAUGGGAAUCCAACUGCCGUACGACGCGUUGGACGACGUCACCGGAAUGUCCGGCGCCGUCCUCGGCGCGGUGCUCGUAGGCAAGGCGACGUUCGCGGACGGGAGCGAUGACGACGACGAUGGGUCCUUCGUGUUCGAGUCCACGCUGCUCGCCGGGAAGGAGUUCGAACAGAACAGCUACGACGUCGUCGGCGGCGCGGCGGAGGCGUGGAAAGCGACCGCGCUCGCGCUGAGGUACGCGCCAUACGGGGCGAGGAUAUUCGCGACGCGAGGGGCGCUGGAGGACGUGAACGUGAAGCCGUUUAGGGCGGGAGAGGGGAAAGGGAAAGGAAAACGCCGCGGGGACGGCGGUUACGGCGGGGACGGCGGAGGGCUGACGCUCGGGACGGUGCGCGACGUGUUCCCUCUGUUGCAGACGGUGAACGAAGCGCGCGCGAUCGACGCGGCGGCGCGCAGGUUAGUCCUCGACCCGUUCAUGUCCGCGAGUUUUGACGACGACGAGGUGACGAGCGACGACGUCGGGGAAACGACCGCGGAGGAGGACGGCGUGUGA